GUUACCCGCCAUCUUGUGGUAAAAUUUGUGAAAAAUGUUUUGAAAAAGAAAAGAUGUGAAACACUCUUCAAAUUUAUACCGUUCGAAAUGUAGAAUACGUACUUACGUCCAUACAGGGUAAUGACCAUGGUCCACGCAAGGAUACCAGCGCCAGUGACUGCGCUGUACGUGUUUGCAGUCCUUAACCUUAUGGCCUUGUUUCAUGUUACUCUGGUUGAAGCAGAUGUGGCAGUGCUGAACUUCAAUAAUGAAACUGUUCAGCAGUUUUAUGAUUACCCAGCAAACUUUGGUCCAUCAAUACAUGGUGAUGGUCUAAGGGGGUAUCUUGUAUUAGCAAAGCCGCACAAUGGCUGUUCCAUUCUUGAGCCCCCUCCCUCACAUUUUCAACCAGGGGCUAAGUGGAUUGUGAUCAUACGUAGGACGCCGUAUGCCUCAAAUUGUGAUUUUGUUACAAAGGUCCGUAAUGCUCAAAAGUCUAAGUAUGAUGCGGUGAUUAUUCACAAUGUAGAGUCCCAGAAAAUAUUCCCGAUGCCAGAUGAUGGGACCGCAAGAGAUAUAAAGAUUCCAGCAGUUUUUGUUGGCGAAGAUGUUGGCAUAUUUCUCGAGAGAAACUACCUCUAUACGUCGAAUUUUACGAUCCUGCUUGAUAGAGAUUUUCCCAUAGUCAUUACCAUAGACAAGAUUCUUCUCCCAUUCGCAAUUGUUGUCGCAAUCUGCUUCGUUCUCAUGCUUGGAUGUAUAAUCGGCAAAUGGAUUAUGGACUGGCGCAAAAAAAGGCGAUCAAGAUUAUCGAGACAAAACUUGAAAAAACUGCCGACAAAGAAAUUCAAAAAAGGUGAUCCCUAUGAAACCUGUGCAAUCUGUUUGGAUGACUAUGAGGAGGGUGAUAAACUCAGGAUUCUGCCCUGUCAACAUGCCUACCAUAUGAAGUGUGUAGAUCCGUGGCUUACGAAGAACAAACGUGUCUGCCCCAUUUGCAAACGUCGUGUAAUUCCGGGGGACCAUUCAGACACCGAAUCUGAAACUGAUGACGAGGUGCCAGAUGCGACUGAAAGCACGCCAUUGUUGGUUGAAAGUCGCGGGACCCUCAACAGGGGACGUAGUUCCACAUUUGAAAAUUCUGGAUUACCAGGAAGUAGAUUACAGGCAGCCACUAUGCCUCCCCCUAUCAACAAUAUGGCAACAAACACUGUUACCAUGGAAACAGAGGAGGAGGAGGAGGAGGGAGCUAUAGGGGGUCAGAGUAUCUCUGAUUCACCCCCAGAGCUUCAUAUACAAGAGGAAGUCUCAGAACGUGAACCUCUCGUUCAUUCUAAAAUCAAACGAAACCGCUCAGAUGAGUCUGAAAGGCGUAUUAAGAAACGUGAAAAACGACGUCAGAGAGAGGCUAGUAUUCAAAAUGAGGCCGGCAAUGAAAAUGUAGGAUUUGUCGAUGAUUCUGGAUACCACGAUAGCGUCUCUAGUUCAACUGAUGUUAAACAAAAAAGCAAACGGCCUACGGACAAAAAAGAUAAAAAGAAGCGGGAAAAAAGAAAACGAGCGCGUAGUGAGGAAAACUUGAAUGAAAAUAAUGGGACUGGACAUGCUUCAAAUUCCCCAAAUGACGAACAUGGAAAUGAAGAUGUGAAAAAUGACCAUUUAGAUGUGAAGGUUCUACAAAUUGAUAAGAAAGCAGAUAAUAAUGAUGGAGUAUCUAAACUUGUAUAAUAGACUAUAAAAAACUACGUAAAACUAUAUGUAGUCUAUUUUACCUUAUUCAUAUUUUUUAAAUGUACUGUCUGAUGUCAUUAAGGUGGGACCUUGGUCAUCAAUAUGUAGAUUUUUGAACCUAAGGACUAGGUGCCACCUUAAUUGUUGGAAAUAAGUGUACAGAUAUUUUUUAAAGCAAUGUACUCCUUUAAUUAUCUAAAUUAUGCAAGAGCAUUAGAAAUGAUUACAUUUAUGAUGUCAGAUAUGAUGACAUUUAUGACAUCAGAAUUGAUGACAUUAACUCAAAUCUAUUACAUUUAUGAUGAAAUCAUUUAUUUAUUUAUAGAGUAGUUAUCAUAGAACACUUCUACAUCUAGUACAGUUCUAAUACAGUUAAGUUUGUAAUCUUCACACAAUCAAAUAUUAUAUCACUGACCACUCCUUUGCCAAAAUUUCAGGAUUUUCAUUGCUUUAUUUUCAAGCUUAAGCAUGAGCUUUUAUUCAUGAACCAAUAUUGUUCUGUUUAUUUCAAAACUUGUAUCGAUUUACAAAAAUGAAUUCGACUUUAGUCUUGCAUUGAGCUUGAAAAAUAUUAUGAGGGUUUGGCCAACAAAAUGUGGUAUUAUGAUUUCAAUUUAUAAAAAUGGCAUUUCAAUUUAUCAAUUUUGGCAAUAUGUCAUCCAUGCUAGCAAAGUUUGGCAAUAUUUCAUCAAUGUUAGCAAAAUGUGGCAAUAUUUCUUCAAAAUUGGCAAAAUUCGAUCAUAUUUCAUCAAUGCUGGCAACGUGGCAGUAGGACUCUCACUUUAAGUACAUGUUAUGCAUUCGGAGGUUUUGGAUACAUGAUUUAUUCCUAGGGAAAUAUGUGUAUCUCCCAAAGGACCCAUGCAGGAUAAACUGUAUAUUCGGAACCAACAGAGCAUAACAGAUGUGUUCCAAAUCUACUGAGGAUCUAAGAACAUUUCACCUGAAAUUUCAGUAGAUAUGGAAUAUGUACAUGUGUAUUAUAUUCUUAAAUGGGUCAAUCUUAUAUACAUAUGUACAUCAUGGUUCCGAUAGGAAAGUACCAAUUCAAAUAAUCUGUGCGAGGCAUUGGAUGAUGUUUAUGUACAUUAUUACAUCCGCUUAUGCAGAGUGAGCCAAAAACUGUUGCCCUGAAUAUAAUUGAAAAUAAUGUAGUUAACAGUUCUUUGGCCCACCUUAUAUUACACAUUCAGAUUGGUUUUUAUUAAAAUGAAAUUUCAAUAAAAUAAAAUAAAUUAUGUUCUUGUAUAAAAAGACAUAUUUAUGAAGAUCUAGAUUGAUUUAGAUAACAAUGGCUGUAUUAUAUAAGCUAAAAAUGGUCAACAAAAGUAGUAAUAUUCACCCAUUAUUCUAAUUAUGAUAAUCCAUAUACUUGUACUAUUAACUGAGGCCAGUAAGCUGUACAUAAUUCAAUCUAGAUGUUCACUCUACUAUACCUU